AUGGAAGAUGGAGAAGCUGCGCAAUCGCAGCGUCGUCCGCGAUAUGCCGGCGAAGACGUCUCGUCCACAAGCAGCCAGGAAUUAAAGGGAUUCUAUGCCUACGGCGUCGCAGCCGAGGUAUUCGCCGUCUGUGGUGUCGGAUCCUUCCUCCCCGUGACACUUGAGCAAUUGGCUCGAGAGCGGGGUGUCUUGUGGUCGGAUAAGACGACAUCAUGUAUGGCGAAGAAAGCUGCUGAGACCGGGGCGCGUUUACUUUCUAGAGCUGCUGAAGAGGAUAAUAACCAGUGCGUGGUUAAUGUCCUAGGAGCUGAGAUCACAACGUCUAGUUUUGCAAUGUACACUUUUUCUCUGGCUGUGCUUGUGCAGGCAUUAGCUUUAAUUUUCUUCAGCUCGGUUGCGGAUCAUGGAAACUACCGCAAGAAACUAUUGUUAGGCUUCGGCUUCACAGGUGCCACUUCCUCGAUGCUGUUCCUCCUCGUUAUUCCCAAACUAUUCCUAGUUGGGUCCAUUUUGGUCAUCAUAGGAGUAACCUGCCUAGGCUCCUCCUUUGUCAUCCUCAACUCAUUUCUACCAUUACUUGUGGCAAAUAUGGCUCCAAAUCGAGACUCCUCAUCAGUCCUCAUGGAUGAUCUCCCUCCACCUUACGAGGAAUCAUCUAAUCACAGCUUCGGAGCCAAGAAAUCAGAUUCCUCGGCCUUAAAGCUCGCCACAAAAAUAUCAUCCAAAGGGGUAGGAAUCGGCUACAUGGCCGCAGUAUUCGUUCAAAUCCUCAGCAUCCUCCUCCUGUUCCUCAUGUCCAAAACCUCUGUCUCAUCCACACUCCCUCUACGUCUUGUCCUCUUCCUCGCCGGCGCCUGGUGGUUCGCCUUCACAAUCCCAUCCUCUCUCUGGCUCCGUGACCGUCCCGGCCCACCUGUCAGGACCGGAAUCUCAGGAACGUCAAAACUUCGUUCAUGUCUAGCAUACAUCUCUUUUGCAUGCAACUCCAUCUGGAAAACUAUAAAGGUUGCGCUGAAGCUAAAACAAGCCGUCAUCUUCCUCAUCGCUUGGUUUCUGCUCUCCGAUGCAAUAGCUACUGUAUCGGGAACAGCUAUCUUGUUCGCGCGCACGGAGCUGAAAAUGGGAACUGUGGCUAUUGCACUUCUCUCCAUCACCGUCACCUCUUCAGGUAUCGCCGGCGCUUUCGUAUGGCCAGUGAUCUCGCGUCGGUAUGCGCUGAAGACGAACCGAACGAUCGUGGCUUGCAUAGCGCUGAUGGAGAUUAUCCCGCUGUAUGGCCUCCUGGGCUUCAUUCCUUUCGUUAAAUCAUGGGGUGUUGGUGGGCUGCAAAAAGCUUGGGAGAUCUAUCCGCUUGGCUUUAUACAUGGCUUUGUGAUGGGGGGCUUGUCUUCCUAUUGCCGCUCUUUCUUUGGGCUGUUGAUACCACCCGGCAGUGAGGCAGCUUUCUAUGCGCUCUACGCUAUCACGGACAAAGGGAGUUCUGCUGUCGGCCCGGCGAUUGUAGGGAGGAUUGUUGAUGCUACGGGGACGAUUCGGCCUGCGUUUUUGUUUUUGGCAGUGCUGAUUGCUCUCCCUGGACCCUUGAUAUGGAUGGUAGAUGCGGAGAAGGGACAGGCUGAUGCUGUGCGUAUGGCGGGCAUUAUAAAGAACGGUGCUGGGGAGGAAGAGCUGGAUGACCGUGAUGAGGGAUUGCAAGAGGCGGAGGGUUUGAUGAGAGAUCAUGAUUAA